GUAAAAAUUUGGAUUAUUAAAUAAAAAUCUAAAAUAAACGUCUUUAAGAUGUCUGUUCCUGAAGAAAGAAUUGAUGAAUUAAAUGCACAAUUUUUGGAAUUUAUGAGUAAUCCCGCAGACGUGGAAGUCGCUACUAAAGAGUUGUACGAUGAUCUUUUAGACGACGUUUUAAUGGGUUUUGUUUUUGAUGUACACAGAACCACAAAAACAGGAAGUUCCGAUGUUGAAGAAGGUAUUCCUGAUGAUGAAUCGUAUGCUAUUGUAGAUUCGCCAGGAUUAGAUGUAUUUGGUCAACAUCCGGUAAAAAAAUCUCAAGAAUGUACUUGUCCAAAUUGUGAUAGGGGCGUAGCUGCUUGUAGAUUUGCAACGCAUUUAGAAAAGUGCAUGGGUAUGGGUCGUAAUAGUUCACGUAUUGCAUCAAGGAGAAUAGCUAAUAAUUCUAAAGAUCUUAGUACAUUCAGUGGAGUAAUAAGUGAUGACGAUGACGAUGUGGAUUGGAGUUUAAAUAAUGAUAAACGUAAGAGAAGAAAAGAUCGUAAUGGAAUAAAGAGAACAAAAUCACAGAAGAACAAUCAAAGAAAUGGGGAUAAUUUAAACGAGCAUAUCCAUAGUAGCAAUGAAAAUUCACCAUCUAAUUAUGAGAAUAUGUCCUUAGAAGAUAAGAGAGCACUCUUAACGCAAAUAUGUGGUGUAGUAUCUGAGCACACAAAAAAACUUUGUACAAGAUCUAUGCGUUGUCCUCAACAUACAGAAGAUCAGAGGAAAGAAAUGCGAGCGAAUUUAGAAUCUGAAAAAAGUGCGCAAACUGGUCAAGAUAAUCUUCACGUAGACGUUGAUACUUAUGAAGAUAACGAUGGACAAAAUUUAAGAGAUGCCCUAGCACGGUGGGACCGAGAAGGAUCCAGUCAUUCUAGUCCUGCUGACUCUGCUUCUACGACUUCUACAUCUUCCUUAAGUAGAAAGAGGGAAACUAAAUCUAAGGGGAAGGGCAAAGGUUCUAAACGAGAUCGUGGUUCUCCUAUUUCACAAGGAGAUUAAAAUAUUGUAUUAAAUUUAUUUUUUAGUGAUAUGAACAUUUGACAAGAAUGAAAAUAUUGAAUAAUGUUCCUACGCAUUGUGCAAAGUUUCAAAGACCUAAGAAGAUUGUUAUGAAAAAAUAAUGUAAAACUGGAAAUUUCUUUAACUCAAUAAGUGUCCAUUUGAUAUCUAUGAAAUAAAUUAAAUUAUUCCAUCACUUUUCCUUUUUCUCUCUCCCUCCUAUUGUUUUUGUAA